CAUGAAUACAAGCAGCAGCAAUAACGUGCACUUCCUCUGGCAGCAGACAGGUGGCAGCACACGCAUUCACUGUUCCUCGGCGAUUAUCUUUCCUCCGCAUCCUCUCCUCUCGUUCUCGCGGUCUAUAUUAUAGGCAGCGGGGCUGGAGAUUCCUGGGUCACAGGGAAGCGCCACGUGUGCAGAGGUGAGGGGCGGGGCUACGAGAUGUCCUGGCUAACGUAUUGAGUGACGUAAGCGUCGUUUACAUGCUGUCAGGCUGGUUGUGAGAGAUCUCCAGCAUUCCAGCCAUGAUAAGAGCCAGCUGCACGGGGUUACUGCGUGGCAUUCCAUGGGGCGUGCUCUAAUACAGCAGGUGUCCAUCCCCUCCAUCAGCUAUCCUCAGUCUGGGACCAGCCACUAACCAGGUAAUGCAGGGCUAGUGGGGGAAUGAUUUGGCUAUGCCUCUCUCUCUCUCUCUCGCUCGCUCCUUGUAAUGGGGCAGUGGCCACCAUGGCUAAAGAUGGGAUUCUUUGUGCCCAAACUCCCUAUUGUCAGUCAGCAAAGAGAGCCUGCAGCGUUUAUCGCUUCAGCUUCCUGUUACUAUUGUGCAGCAUGCUCCAGGGGCCAAUAAAUAUUAGUUUUACAACACGUGCACUAUAAAGUGAUAAACAUCAGUGAUGUUCUUGGCACUCAAGGGAUAAAGCAGAUUUUAUUAAAUCUAUUGCCACUGUACUCAACCAGCUAAACAGAAGUGCAGCAAAUCCGUUACUUUUUAUACUCUCUAACAUUAUCUAGCUGUAGAAUCUCUGAAAUAAAAAAAAAUGUUUGUUUAUAAAUGUCACAUAUUUCACCCGUUAUGGCUAGUAGCCAGUCCAGUGUUGACUUAUUACAUUUUAGACAGGUAAGUAAAACCGUGCAUGACCCUUUGUUUUCGCUUACUAAAUUUUAAGUUCCACUUUUUUUCUUUUUUUUUUGUAGUGUUCCUAGUAUAUAUGUUGGCACAUAUUUUGUUGUUGCAGUGCACAGGCUAGAAUAUUUGGAUUUGUUUAUUUUGUAUUUUUGCUGUGCAUAGAAAGACAAACAUUAUUGCAAUGCCCCAUCAGCAGUGUAAGAUUAGCUGUUAACAGAUUGCUACAGUUGUAUGGUAUACACCUUUUUAGGAAUCACAAAACAGGCUAGUUAUGCAUGUCUAGACCACAAACGGAAACUGAGCUCAGACUAAAAAAAGGUUGCCUUGAUAUAGUGAUUGAUAACCAAGUAUAGAUGCUAAACAAAAUGAAGAAUGUGUAAGUCUAAAGAAAACUGAAGGAUAAUCUGGCUAUAAUAACUGACAUUAUGCUUAGCAGUGAUUCUUCUGGGUAUUAAAUAUGAGUAGAAAAGACAGCCUACGACAACACACAUGCAUAAAUUCUGCAGUAACUCAGAUAGUGGUUUUGGUACAUUGAGAUGUACCCAUGUCUGCUCAGCCUAUACCACAGGUAGGCCACAAUAGAGAGUCCAGCUCUACACCCGACGUCUCCUUUCUCCUUCACAACACUUUGCAGGUCUCGCUGGGUUUCCUGUAGCCCAUUAUGUAGUAAACUGCACUACCACUAAUUCACACACCUUUGGCUCCAAGCCAUGAAGGGGGGCCAAUGCCCCAUGUCCAUACCUCCUCCAAUUUCAAGUGGUAGGAUUGUGAGGCCACAGUCUCUCCCGAAACACGAACGAGCCCCUGACUGUAUGGUCCGUGGAAUUUUGUCUGGCAUGUAAGAGGUCCCUUCACCUCUUACAUGCCAGACUGUAGCCCUCACUGUAUUGCUAAAUGUCCGAUGCAGCAGCCAUCUUUGAUGCGCCACUUUGUACCUGGUAUGCCAAGCUUGCAGGCCUCACUCGAGGUGCUAUGUAACACAUUGGGGACCAGGAUAUUCAACAUCAGAUUAUAAAUUAGUGGCUAUUGAUUAGUAAUAAAUUGUAAAGUAAUAUGUUCUACAUAAAGGUUACACUCUGCUGUAUAUCUGCCUUUGCAUUUUAGGCCUGAGCAGUGAACUAGGAUGGACAAGCGCAUCGUAGAAGGCUUUGUUUCUGAAUUUGUUCUACGGCUGUUGCUACUUGGAAUAUUCCUGUAAGUUCAAAUACAGUAUACCCGUGAUGGCCCUGGCACUGAAAAUAUUUCCCAUGUUGUUGUUCUGUCUCCCAAAUGAAUAGUUACAUUAUCCAUCAUUCACAAACAAUAUGCUAUCAAAUUAUGCAAUUUCAGUACCCACCCCUCCUCCACCUCUGCUACAGCUUGUCUCUCUUAGCUCAGUGGAGUGCUUAGAUCAUUGGCUGAUGCUCUUAGUCAAUGAACUAGCCUUGCAAUGUUGUGCUUGGCUCAGGUAAGUUUACCAAAGCUCCUAAAUAGGCUGUAUUGGAGGCUGGGUGCUGGGCCUGUGGACCCCAGGUGAGAAGUCAAACCAUUCUAAAACACUAACAUGAGAGGGGACAUCAGGGCACUUCCAGAACUAUCACCACUACUGUGCUCUGUAAUGGUUAUGGUCAUUGGAGUGUUCCUUUAUAACUAUACCUAAAUUAAUUUGAAUUUGCCAUACACAUAAUCCAUAACAUGUUGCUGUUUAAAUUACCACCACACCUACAGAUUGAAAUAUGUUUACCUGAAGAGUGAAAAAUCCCCAUCCUGCAGGACAUCCUUCAUGGGUGGAGAGGCUGCCCUAUUAAGAAAAUAAUUUUUGUUAGCCUAGCUGCACCCCCUUACUUCCAAUGAGAAGAUACCAUUACUAAAAAUAUGGUCCAGUUUAUCUCACAAUCUCCAUUCUCUAAAUUCCAUUAUAAUGUGUCCUUGAUGGUCAUAGCAUACUAUAUGAUUCCAUUCCAGAGUAUAAGCUUUAUCACAACCAUUUUUUUUUAUCAUUAAAUUAACUUGUUGAAAGAGUGUAUUAUACAUCCUUCACAAGAAUUGUACAGUAUGCAUAUAGCUGUCAAAUUGCAGAAGGAGCUGCAUUACAAAUUUGGGAUUAACCUUAGUGACCGAAUAAUCUAAAUUUUAUUAAAAACAGGAGGCGAAUAUUUGCUUUACUUUCUUUACUGUAACUCCCAGCAGCAAAGAAACAGUUAACAGUAUGUCCAGUCAUCAGGCUCCUCCCAAUUCCUCUGUCUUGAUGCAGCCGACAGCCGCAGAGUCAACCUUGUAAACGGUGGAACAAUAAAAGGUCUCAAAAUGUAGUCAACCAUGUAAACGAUGUGGGAACGUAGGUAAUUCCUCGAGAUGUAGUGAAGGGUUUUCACACUAGGAAAAAAGGAGAGAGAGAGGUCGUAAAAGUAGGGUUUCUUGGGUAAAGGAAAACAAUACUUAAUUACGUGAUCUGAUAUGUUUCCAACAAGGUGUACAGUCGUAUUCUGACAAGUCUUAAGUUAUGAGGUAGUGAGUGUAGUAUCCGUAAAGGUAGUUGCAAGGAGAGGCCUGAAACGUAGAUUAUAAACAUUGGUUUAGUCAAUAGAGGUGUUGUGGAAUACCUACCUAGUUGGGUUGGGUGCCUGUAUUAGCGGGCGGGAAAAUAUUCACCUCCUGUCGGUCACUAAGGUUAGAAUAAUCCCGAAUUUUAUGGCAAGACAGGAGGCUUCAUAUUUGCUGUUUUUAAGCAAUGAUAUGAUGGCAUUAGAUACAUGAGGGGAUUGUCUAAAAUAGAAGGUUCUGAAGGUGGAUUCUCUAGACCAAUCUGCGGAAGUGAGGAUCUACGUUAGGGAGCCCCCAGAUGUAAAUGCAGACGAGGCGGACGCGCCUCUUACUGAGUGAGCACCAAAACAUGCGUCGAUGCCAGUUAGGACUAGAAGCCAUUUGAUCCAACGAGCAAUCGUGGGACAUGACACUGGCUUGUGAGGUCGAAUGUAGGACACCAGUAGGGGUCCCGUUCGUGGUCUAAGAUCCUUGGUGCGGAGGAUGUAGUGUCUGACGCAAUUGGCUACGCAGAGCAUGGGUUUGUCGUGAAAAUAAGGGUAGCUUACUGUAGAUGAAUUGGUUUUGGUGCGUCGGGUAAUGGAGAAGUGUACUCCCUUAGGGGUAAAGUCCACCGCAUGGACAUCAAACGCCCUGAUGUCCGAGACUCUUCUAAACGAUAGCAAACAGAGCAGUAGUGCCAGUUUGGCCGACAGUUGUCGUAGAGAAAGUUCUCCAUUAGGGGGCCAUGUCUCCAAAAAGGAUAAUACCAUAGUAACAUCCCAAAUUGAUUAUAUUUGGGAGCCGGGGGUCUCGUGAGGCACAUGCCUCGCAGAAGUCUACAUAUGGAGGGGUGUUUACCAACCGCGGAGUUGUCAACGAGGCUUUGGGCUGCCGAAAUGGCUGAACGGACAACGUUAAUUGACCGAUAGUACUUACCUUGUUCGAAAAGUGAUGCCAGGAAAUUCAUAAUGUUAAUUAGAGAGGUUGAAAAGGGAUCAACGUCCCUCUCCAAGCACCAGCUAUUCCAGCGUUGCCACGCUGACAGAUCAGAACGUCUUGUGCCUGGGGCCCAAGAGUCCCAUAGUAGUCCUUGAGCAGUAGUCGAAAGGCCUGAGACAUUCCAGGAUCCCCUGAAAUGGUCCAGGCCACUAACCGAAGGUGGCCUUGUAGUGCUAGUGGAUGGAAAUUGCCUGAAGGGUCCCUGAGGAGAUUGUAUGAGGUGGGUAGGAGUAGGGGGUAGUCCGCUGACAUCUCCAGGAGGUAAGGGAACCAUGGUUGAGUACGCCACAGUGGGGUUACCAGAGUUAUGGUGACGCCCUGUGUUCUGAGGUAUUGUAUCGUACGUGGAAUCAUGGAGAAUGGGGGAAAGGCAUACGCUCCGGAUGUUGGCCACGGUUGAAGAAAGGCAUCCACUGCCAGGCACGCUGGGUCUGGGAGCCAGCUGAAGAAUGUGUCCGUCUGACGGUUCAGGUGAGAUGCAAAUAGGUCCAGGUUGAAUGGUCCUCUGAGGGUCUGUAGAUGGUGAAUAAUUUGUGGGUCCAGUUACCAGUCGCUGGAAUCCCUCCAGUGGCGUGAGAACCAAUCUGCGACGAGAUUGUCGGAGCCCGGAUGAUAUUCCUGUCUAGGCAGAAUUGGUACAAUUCCUUCGUCAGAUCUGAUAGCAUCUCUGAUCGUGAGCCACCUAGGCGGUUCACAUAUUGUACUGCUGAGACGUUGUCCAUCCUCAGGAUGAGGCUGCAGUUGUAGGCUUCUUUGGCAAAACUGCGGAUCACGAAAGAACCAGCAAUCAGUUCGAGGCAAUUGAUAUGUAGUGCAUGUCCUGAUGGGGACCAGAGGCCUCCAGUAGAACGUUCCGAGGAGACUGGCAUCCGAUUCCAAAAUGAAGUCGGGUUGCCGGCCGAAGAUAGCCCUUCCGUUCCAGGCUUCCAUAUGUUGAAGCCACCAGUGGAGUUCUAGUUUGACUUCGUCUGUGAGGAAGAUCUGUUGGUCGUAGGAUGGUGAGCGAUGUAAGUAGUGUGUCCUCAAACGUUGCAUCACCCGAUAGUGUAGCGCGGCUGGGAAUAUUGCCUGGAUUGAGGCGGAGAGUAAUCAGAUUGUGCGGGCUAAAUCCCUGAGUCAGAGGUAUGGCGAGGUUAGCAAUCUCCGGAUGUCCUUUUUUAUGGUUUUGAUUUUCGUAGCAGGAAGUUGCAGGACUGCCUGAAUCGAAUCUAUCUGAAAUCCCAGAAACUGUAUCGUCUGGGAUGGAGUCAGGGAUGAUUUUUGGAGGUUGAUGAUGAAACCCAAAUUCUGGAGGAGGGCCGAAGUCAUAUCCGUAUAGAGAUGUAGAGUCUCUUUUUCUUGUGCCAUAAGGAGGAUAUCGUCCAAGUAUAUGAUGGACCGAAUUCCUUGUGAACGGAGGAGCGCCAUCACCGGUUUCAUUAGUUUGGUGAAACACCAAGGUGCGGAGCACAGUCCGAAGGGGAGGCAGGUGAACUGCCAUAGUGUCUUGUCCCAAUUGAAUGGAGGAAAGUGCGAUGUUCUGGCGUGAUCGGUAUCGUGAGGUAUGCAUUCGUGAGGUCGAAACGGGAAAACCAAUCUCCCUCGCAGAGGAGGUCUCGUAAGAGGUGGAUGCCUUCCAUCUUGAAGUGUCUGUAUCUGAUGAAUUUGUUAAGUUCUCUCAGAUUGAUGACUGGUCGGAAUUCUCCCAACUUUUUCUUGACCAAAAACAUAUUGCUCACGAAACCUCGUUGGUGAUGGCCCGUUCGAUGGCACCCUUGUUGGCUAGGGCGUCGAGUUCGGCUUGAAGGGCCAUGUCGUCUAUUUGAGACAUCUUGAGAGGAGUAGGCAAGGACACCUGAAUUGGAUCCUCUGUAAAGUCUAGGUGGAAGCCGGAGACGGUCUGAAGGAUCCACGGAUCCUGCGUGAGUCUGUACCACUGUUGGGAAAAGUGUAUUAAUCGGCCUGCUAUAGGUACAUGAGAAAAAUGAGAGUCCCUUACCUGUAGGAGUGCGACCACGGAGGGAAGCAGAUCCACGUCCUCUAAUGGAUCCACGAGAGAGGAAGAAUUGCUUGUGGUGGAAACGGGUAUUGCCCAAGUUCCAAUGUUCGGAAGGUCGAGGCCUAUAGCCUGUAGAGGCAGCUCUGCCAGCCGUCCAGCCUCUGUAAUGGCUGGCUCUCCCAGAAAAACGUUGGGAGCUAAAUACCUUGCGUAAGGAAGAUUGUGCUUUUGUAAGCGUAGUAAACACAGCCACGUGUUUACUUAAUUCUUUAAUAAAUUUGUCUCCAAAAAGCAUACCUUGUGCCUCAGGGACAAGCUCUUUAGUGCCUAAUUCGGCAAGCUUUGAGUCGAUCUUAUAUAAGACGGCUUUCCGUCUUUCGUUUGACAUGGCAACAUUCGCGUUGCCUAGUAGGCAUAAUGCCCUCUAUGCCCAUUCUCGCACCAUAUGUGCGUCUAAAGUGCCACUUGCCAAAGCCUCACCUGCGAUAGCGAAAAUCUGGAUAAGCGGUCCCGCCAAAUCCAUCAUUUUAUCUUGUGUGUCCUUCAGGCCUUGUUCCAAACCCUUACGGGGGUCUUUUCCUGUCUUGUACAGAAAGGUGACGAGUAAGGGAUCGAAUUCUGGGGUAACCGCCACCUUGUCUGGGAUAACAGGUCGUGGGCACUCUGCCCUUAAUUUAGCUCUGACCGCUUUUUCCAAUGGUUUACGGAGCCACAUCCUACAGAAUUUAGCUUUGUGGUCUGGGGGGCUCCACUCUGCAGAGCGUGGGUGUUUGAUAUACCUAGGGUCGAACGGGGGGGGGCCAGAGGUAUCUAGUAAAAUAUCCUCAGAUAUGUUUUGGUUAGGAUCAGAGGUUUGGAGCUCAUUUUGGUGGGGUUCAUGGGAGGGAAGGUCCUCGUCCGAAUACCCUGCAGAGUAUUCAUCCAGUACCUGAAGUUGCAGGUUGGAAGUUGAACCCUCUAAUGAGUCAAAGUUAUAAUUGGGGGUAUCAUCCCGAGUACCAGAAAGUGAUAAUCUAGGUGCUUUUGCUGGUGCCUUUCCCUUACCGGCGCUAGCACUAUUGCCCUUCCAAGGGCGUUUGCGGGGACAUUCGUCAUGGUCUGAGCCUUUUGAUUCUUCAGAGUCUGAGAGGUGAACGACAGGAGCCAAAGCUUUUGGAAUGGAGUCUGCAAUGGCGUUAUACAGCCAAGCUUUGAGCUCUGCAGAGACUGGUGGUUCAGGCAAAUCAGACAUUUUUAUUGAGAGAAGUGGGGUCACCACGAGUAUAAAUAUAUAUGUAUAAUAAUUUUUAAAAAAAUUUAUUUAAUUUUUUUAUAAAACUCAAAAGGCAGUGGACUUGUUCAAAACACAAAACGUGUAUAUAAAAACUUUGAAUUGCUAAUUAAGCGUGGGGGUCACCCACAGUUAUUGCAGCAGAAACGGUAUAACCGUAUUAAUAUUAAGUAAUGAGGGGGUCACCAUCAGGAGACAGUAAAAGGGGGUCACCCUUUAUAUGAGGCAGAACUGUAUAAUAUAGAGGGGGUCACCCUCUUCAAUGAGGCAACUAUUAAAUUAAUAUAGAGGGGGUCACCCUCAGUAAUGAGGCAAAAAGUUCUUGAGGUAUAGAGGGGGUCACCCUCCUAUGCAAGGGUUUAGUGUAAUCUGUAAUAAAACAGAGUAGGUACACUUUAAUAAUACUGGAUAAAAGUUCAGUGUGAAAUUGCUGCCAGAAAAAAAAUGUUGAAUGCACUUACCUGAAAAUACCAAUAGAGGCGCUGGAGAGCCGUUGUGAUUAGUAGCCGUCCAGACGUUCCGGUCUAAUGGAGGACAAAAAGAGCGCAAAAAAAGCCCGCCGAGAAAUAGCCGCGGGAGGAAGGAGUCGUCGCUAUGGAGACAGGUAAGGGGCCGGGAUUGCUCUCAAAGAUGGAGGCGGCGAUAUCGCCGAGGUUGGCAACCGGCCAGAAGCCGAUCAGAUCUCGGCUUCUGGCCGCACGGAAGGAGUUUACAGAGUGCCUCUGUAGUUCUGAGGCAGAAGGCAGCACACACACAGACCGUUUGGGGAUUAAACAGAAGGCAUAGAAAGAAAACUAGCAGAAAUCACUCUAAAGACACAGUCCAUUUAAAGGGGAAAGGUCUGAAAUAAAAUACUGUUAAAAUAUCACCAGUUUAUACAUAAGGUCAAAACAAUAUGUAUAUAAUAAAUCAAUAUAGGACUAUCAAUACUAGACUGUAAUUGGAAUAGACUCACCUGGGAGGCUAAGCAGCAAAGAAAGAGGAGCUGGGAGGAGCCUGAUGACUGGACAUACUCUAUUGUACACUCUGGUUAAUUUUUUUACUUACUGUUAACUGUUUCUUUGCUGCUGGGAGUUACAGUAAAGAAAGUAAAGCAAAUAUGAAGCCUCCUGUCUUGCCAUAAAAUUAUGGAUUGGUUCAGAGAUUCUUUGCUUUUACCUUCUUUUGAGACUUGUAGGUGGUGUAUCAGAUCACGUACAAAUAGUUGCUAUCAUACCUGUAUAUAAAACUAGCUCAGUGAUACCUUUUUGAAGAUAUAAGUUCUAAGAAUAUAUGUGUGGAUACGUGUGUUAAAAUCACAACAGUUUUUUCCAGAAAAACAAAACAAAUUACUUCUAAAAACAAUUGUGUGACUAUCUAUACUGUGCAAUAUGCAAAUAGGAAGAAGUUUUACGGAUAUAUAUUUACGAAUUCCUCCCUCCCAUUGCUAUAUUGUCUUCUGAAGAUUUAAUGUGUGCCCAAACAUAUCCAUUUCUCAUUCAAAUGGCUACUCCAGGCUGGAAAUGACCUAGUGUUGGUUGUUUGUGUAUGCAAGGAAACAACAAUUUUAUUUUAUUUUUUUUUAAAUGCUGUCUUAUUUGUGGAGUGCAUUAUCUUACAUAACUGUUUUUCUGGUACAAGCAGACAUUUAUGCCUGUCUUCUUCAUAGGAUAACAGAAAUGAUGCACCCCUUUCAUCGAGUGAUUCAACCAGAGGAAAUGUGGCUUUACAGAAACCCGUAUGUGGUAUCUGAUCGUGUCCCCACUAACAGCAUGUUUGUAAGUUCCCGUAACCCUUGUUUACAAUCCUGUGUGUAUGUACUGUGCAGAUCUAACUCCCCUGCCUUCUGAUUAGAACACUUAUGGUAACUUAUGCCCUGCCAUCAGUAUGACAGGUGAACAUAUACAAACACACUGCACAUAAACAGGAUACCUUACACUAUUUAUUUUUUUGUCAGCACUCUUGCUGCCAGCAACUGGUUGUCUCAAUAGAAACUCAUUCAGGGCUAUUAAGUAAAAUGAGAAUGCAAAGUGAGUUUCAUAUUUAAAGUCAAAAUAGCUGAACAGGUAAGUCUGCUAUACUCUCAGUUCAACUACUCUGACCUUAAAUUUAAAAUCCACUUUGAAUUCUCACUUUAGUAAAUAACAUUGAUAGUCAUACACCUCUAUAAAAAUCGGACUCAAGUGAGCUGACUGUGAGUUAAACGGACACUAUAGUCACACAAAAACUGCUUCACUAAGCUAAAGUUGUUUUUGUGUAUCAGUCAUGCCCCUGCAGACUCAUUUCUCUAUUCUCUGCCAUUUAGAUGUUAAAUCACUUUGUUCAUACAGCCCUAGCCACACUUCCCUGCAUGUAACGUGCACAACCUUCCUAAACACUUCCUGUAAAGGAACCUAGUUAUUCUUGGUGCCUGUAUUGCACAGUCUAUUUCAUAUGGCAAUUUCUUAUAUACUGCUCUGUUAAUAGCUGCCUUCUAGAGCUUGCAGGAGCCUCCUGUUUGCGAUUAAAGUUCCAUUUGCAGAGUAGGUGAUACAAUCUUCUAAAACAACCUAAAAUCUGAUUGAUUUUAUUUUUUUCAUGCAGGCUAUGAGUUAGUCAGGGAGAGUGUGGCUUGGGCAUACACAAAGUGAUCUUACUUCUAAAGGACAGAGAAUUGAGCAGUGAGACUACAUGGGGCAUCAUUUAUACACCGAAACUGCUUAAUUAAAGCGUCACAUCAAUUUGCCUUUCUUUUAUGGUUUUGUCUUCUCUUCCUCUUUCAGUGUCUUUUCUUUAUUUCUGAUCUUUCUCUUUAAAACGUAAGACAAAGUAGGGACUAUUUUAUCUUGUGUAUUUUUUCUACGCUUGAUAAUUGUGACAAACGGGUGGAGCAUAAGGUAAGGCUUUCUUUGUCAACAUUACAAUGGGAAAACUUGCCUUAAGCUCCACCCUUUGUCAAGAUUGCAAAGUGUAGGAAAAAUGCAAAAGGUGAAGGGGAGGAGGAGACAUUAAUGCUUUCUCUUGCAGGCUUGUUCCUAGCACCCAGGGCCGCCACCAGAAAUUGUGGUGCCCCUAACACAGCUCAAGGUCUGGGCCCCCAGGUGCCUGCCUCCAAGCCCCGCCUCCAAAUCCCGCCCACAGGAAUACACGGACACAGACACAUAAACAGAUACACACAUACUAACAGACACAAAUACUGAAACAGACAUACACACAUACAGGCAUACUGACACACACACACACUUAUAUAUUAGGAGAUACAGAUACACACACUGACGUACAUACAUACUCACUGACACACAUACAUACAAACUUACAUACUGACCUACACACUGGCAGAGACAGACACACACCUCAUUCAUCAGCCACCCUCCUCUUCCUUACCUUUUUGUUGCAGGAGGAUGGCUGGGGAUGAUGGGAGCGGAUGCCUCUCCUCGGCUGUCUCUCUCCCCCCGCGCGGAGUUAGCUAGGAGGAAGUGACCGGCCGUCACUUCCUCCCAGCAGCACUUUGCAGUGCAGCCACAGUUUUUUUUUUUUUCUUAAAGGGUCCGGUAGCGCUAUUACACGGCCGCAGCGCUGACCGGGCCCCUGAAGAUAUAGGGCUCAUCGGGUGGCCCUAAAUGCUUGGGCCACCUGAUGGGCCCCAGUGCAGAUGCACCUGCGACAGUUUCGCCACUCCACCCGGGGCCAGGGCCCCGACAACCAUUAUAGUUUUCACCCCCUAAAGGCGGCCCUGCUAGCACCACCUGCAAGGGUAGAAGCUGAUAACAUCUGUUGCCAAGAUGCAGUAAGUCUGACGACAGACCUAAUUUUUUCACAGAAUUAACAGUAGGCAGCCCAGGACAGAGUUCAAGGUUAUCUUAGACCGGUGUGAUGAGGAUGCAACUAUCCCCUAGUACAGGCUUCCCCAAACUCUGGCCCUAUGAAUGAACUAGUUUUUAACUAGUAUUGUGAGCAUGUGUGUGUAAUGUGCUUUAUAAAAUGUUUUGUUCCUGCUUGUGGUCACUGGCUCACUAUUUGUAACAUUUACUUGAAAUGCUGAAGUGAAAGUUUCUGCCUCCGAGCUGCUAGCAUAUGAUUACUUUAAUGUGUGUUUGUGCUGCACUCUCUGACAACCACCCACCCCCUUACAUACAGAGUGCAAAAUGUCAAGUUCUAUGCUCAUCCAGGCCUAAAAGUUACGAACCACUGCAUGCCUUGAGGGGGUUAGGGAUGAAUUCUCCCUUUCCUGCCAUGUAUAGUUAUGUAGUAUUGUCUGAUACUGUCCAUCCUCAUGCUGAUCUUUUAUUAUCCUCUCCUCUCCAGUUGAUCUCCUUUCUGACACCCCUAUCAGUGGUGAUUCUGGCACGUAUUUGCCGCCAAGCGGAUCAUACGGAUACACGAGAAGCCAGCCUUGGUAAUGCCAUUUUGAAACUUACAGCUGAACCUUUAAUAGAAUACUAGAUAGAACAGACUUGGCAAAGUACAUUGAGUCUUGCCUGCAAUGUAAUAAGGGCUCUGUGCAGUAUACCCUCUAAAGAGUAGGCCAGUUAUGGCACUUUGUAAAAAUCCAUGUUCGCACAGAGGCCUGAGCAUGGAGUGAGCAGUGAUUGUCGGGAGACACUGUGUAGAGAUAUUCAGUGGAGCAAUAUAAGGAGUCAUAAAAGGGAGGGAAGCUUUAUGUAGAUUGCAGAGAGCAAUAUGGCAUACCUGGAUCAUGACAUUGGAACUUAGUGUUUUUGCUAUAUAUAUAUCUGGAUUCUGGUUUCUCUGCUGCAUUCAUUAAUGAAGUUCUCUAUUUUCUAUUACCAGCUGCCAGUCUCUCUCUCGUAUUGAAUGGCAUCUUCACCAAUACCAUAAAACUCAUCGUUGGGAGGUAGGUGUCUCGGCCAGUACUUUCCAUGUUGAACAUUGCUGUAGGCUUUUAGAAGAGUCCAGUUGUCUUUGGAUUAUAGAUAUUUCACAUACUGUUUGUACUUUUCAUUAAAGCUGCACGGUCAGAUCAUUCUUCCCUUUUUAUUUGUUUCCUUUUCUCUUAUUAUUUUUUUCUUCUAGGGACUACUUUGUCUACCUUUUUUACCCCUACACCUGACACUUCUAUAACACAGGGUAAUGCAGUCAAGUGCCAGUCCCCCAGCCAGCACCAGUUACUGCUGCAGGGAAUUGGCUCUGUCCUAAACCUCAAUGCUGUACUCUCGCGCAUGCAAUGACAUUGGCUCCUGGCACUGAGGGGACCAUAAAAAAGGAACCCCCCUGAAAGAGGAUGGCGGUGCCCACAAAGGACAAAUUUAACUUUGGUGCUAUUUCUAACCCUUAUGGUUGAGUCAUCAAACAGUAGCCAGGUACACACUAUUUGUCUCGAAGUAUGCACGAUAGAAAAAAGGGCAUGUUAUCACUGUGGCAUUGUGACCAGAUGUCUUGUUACCAGAGAACCUGAUUAGUAGACGCCGCUGUUAAAGAGAAAGGAAUAAAGACAUGAGAAGAACUAUAUAAAGGACAAAGAAAGAAAAUGGAAAAAGGCAAAAGGGCUUAAGUGAUUGAAAACAAAUGGCAGCUAUAAAUAACCUCUAUAUGGAGUAAAUUGCUAGUCCAUAAUGUACGAGUGAUCAGAGGUACCAUAUUAGCCGUAUCAUAUGGUCCUGAUAUACCACCAUGAUCUAGCAAUCACAGAGACUAAUAGAGGUGAAAUGUGAUCCUGGGUGUGGCAUACUCUUGUGGUGAAAGAAAAACGGACUUAUAAUAAUUUUAUUCUAUUUAAUGGAUAACUAGUUGCAGUUCGCAAGCUGUGUAAUAUCAAUGUUACUUUACGAUUCUGCUUGGGAAAUGUGGCAUGAUGAUGAUGAAUACCCUUGCAGGUCUCUUUGCAUUAUUUGCCAGAUGGGCUUUACACAGUCUUGAUUUGUACAAAAUAAUAAUUCCCUACUAAAAUUGAGACCAUUUUUUUGGGUGCAUGCUUUUGGUCAUUUUGUGUCUUUUGCAAAUAGAAGAUGUCUCAAAUUAUAGCUGGCAAUAAACAGUACAAGUCUCACCCAAAGAUGAGUGAAGUCCACAAGUUUCGGGGGCGGGGCCUGGCCACAAAGCAGAGAGGACGCUUGCCUCAGCAGCUCCGGCCACCGGGAACGGCAAAAGCAAGAUAAAGCAAAUAAAACGACAACAAAACGACAAACAAAGAUUACCCAGUGCAAGGGUACACCGGGGUGCACACGCAGACACCAAUCAACUUACAACUUAAGAGGUACGCACCCGACACCCUGGCAGGGCCUACUAAUAUGGCGCAUGCGGGAGAGACGGCCGCUCUCCUGAAGCCAAAAAUCGACUGGAACCCUGUCCUGGGACCCUUCGUUCCACCCCCCCUUUGUCCCGGUGGGGGUUAUCCCGGGCUACCCCCAAUCGAGCACAUGGACAAGCUAUCCCCAUGUGAGACUGGCGCAAGGUCCAGAGGUCAUGACUACGACAUACAAAAUGGCGGACAAAUCGAGCACCACAGCCUACUGCUAUGCUGCCAGAGAAACGGAGACCAGACUAAACUACAUCUUCGGAUUAUUGUGGGAGAAGCUAGAGGUACUUCUGGGGCCCCCGACACCAGAGAUACCACCCGAUGGCACAAUACAGGGCCAGACUAGGGAGGUUGCAGAGAGGGGCAAAGGGAUCCCCCUAGACUCCGCUCCCAAGACGGUCAAACACCAGAAAAGGACCACAAUGUGGAGACACACCAAGAGUAACCAUAGCCAGGGACCGGCCAUCCGGACGCCCCUAGAGACUUACCUGCCUGCACAAGCACUCGCAAACCCCGGCGGCAGACGCAGAGCUCAGAGCCCUGGGGUAGCCCGCAUCAAGCGGCAAUGCCGCCAACGGAAGAAGGCAGUAUACAAACGGUCAAUGCAGAACGGCACCCACAAAUUAGGCGGGAGACCCCCCAACCAGACGGCAAUACGCAACGGAAGGUUAAAUGCCCCCCACAGUCUGACAUACCAUCAAGGCACUCACUUAUUGGGACUUGCAUCACAGAGCUGGUUACUUAGCUCCACUAGAUGGGACUUUGACUUGCCCCUGAAAGGCAUCGGCUAAAGGACACCAGGAAUAUCCACAUGUGAAGCACCAGGCUCAACACCACGCCAAAAUACCCUGCCUCUCCAUACUCCCCAGCAAACGUUAACUGGACUCCCACACCUAUCACAAAGGACCUUAUGGGCAAGACCCUAUAUGCAGACCAAACCCUCUAGCAAGACUCAUGCUACUAUGUGCACUUUCCGCUUCUCAUGCAGAGUUCCUUUAUGUUUUGCUUUUUCUUUUAUUUUUUUAUUUACUCCACUACAGUGGAUCAAGCUGAACCUACUUGGUUCAAAAGAUAACACGAGCAAAGCAAACACUGAGCAACUGAUGCACACAUGCUCUCACAAACUGCCUCAGUAUCAACCUAUCCUUAAUCGUAGACACGUAGGCAGGCAUUCGCAGAUUUAACUGUCACUGACACCGCCAGACUGCGCCAUAGCUCUCUCGAACCAUAACCAUAAAACGCGCUGAAACAGCUUCAGGAACUAUAGACACGUACACUCAUGCUUGUUAAACUACCCAAUACUCAUUAUAAAUACGUCAGUUAAUAUGGAUUGCUUACCACACCAGGUUGUUUACCUCACUAACUGACAUUUGUUAUGUUAUUGUUCCGCGCCUGUUAUCAUUAUAAUAUAAAAAUGUGCAACUUCUAUUGAUGCCAUACUAAUAAUACCCUUUAUCUGUUAUACUAUGCUGGAUAAUGCUGAUGUGGCACAUAAAGCUUGAAUGUUGAUACUUGCACAAUAAAAAAAAAGAAUAAAAAAAAAAAAAGUCCACAAGUUUCAGUUCCUGAUAAUUGAUUCUAAUAAUGGAUUUAUUGCAUUUAUUAAUCAUUCAGCAAAAUUCACAUCCUUUACAUUUCACCUCUUGACUAAUAAACCAGUAAAUGUUGUCUACAUUUUUAAAGCUGCUUCUCCUUGCUAUAAACCCAGAGCACUAAUCAUAAACUCUUAAUGACGAAAUUGAAAUUGUAGAAAAUAAAUUGGGGAGCAACAGUAGUAAUAAUUGGCAACCCUGUCUGCAAGAGUAUAACAAACCCUGUGAUUUAUGACUAUUUCAGUCAUGCAUGGUGGGGUAUAUGAUCAGUUAUUUAUUAAAGUGAAAAUGCAAAAUGAAUUUCAAAAUAACCGAACUGGAGAAAUUCUGUCACGUAUAGAAGACCCACACGUUUACUUUUAGUUUGGCUACUCUGCCUUUAAAUUUGAAAUUCACUUUGAAUUCUCACUUGAGCACCAAAAAAAAAAAAAAACUGUAUCUAUAUGAAACGCACACCUGGGUAUGUUUGGCAUUCUACCUGCAACAUUUUAUUGAGGAAUUUCUCCUUUCAUUCAUUGAGCAGUAGGGAAAGAAAACUAGAAAUAUAUAAAUCCCUAUAUUACAGGCCAACAUAGCAUAGAUGUAAUGUUAGAAAAAACUGACAAAAGAUUCAUAUUCUAAAAUAAUCAGGCAAAGAGUACUCCUUGGCAAAAGUAUACAGGAAGCAGAAAAUAACUUGUGGCGUUGGAAACUGAAGGAAAAAUGGAGCUUGUAAAACUGCUUGAAUAAUUUUUAUAUUUUCUGUCUUUAAAAAAAAAACAAAAAAAAAACAGGAUAGCUGAUUAGUUUAAUCUGUUUUUCAUAACCUCUCCGAGAACAGCUAACAACUGCAAUUUGGUGGCAUAAGCACUCUAAUGAUCUCGGCUCCAUUCUAUUAAUAUACCCGCAAAAGCAGAUUGGCUGCUGGAUAGCAUCAACUCCUUCAUGACUUCUACGAAUAGCCUAUACCACACACAUUGACAUAUGCCUGAAACAAUUCUGUCGACCGCAAAUCUCCCGCUUUCUCUCUUUGAUGGUUUCUGAGAAUUUUCUUUUUCUUUCCUUUUUGCAUGGAUAUUUUUUUUCUCUUCUGCACUGUUGAUUGUUGCACCACUCAUAUCUUUUGUGUGUAAGGUGCUUCUACUUCUAGCAGUCUGGUUUUCUCAGGGAGGUUAUAUAACUGGCAGCUGUUUAUUUCUUUCCCAAUUUCUUAAGGUUUGUCUUCCUCUCUUUACUCCAGGCCUCGACCAGACUUCUUAUAUCGCUGUUUUCCAGACGGACAGGAAUCACCAGGUUUACACUGUACAGGUGACCCGGAGCUAAUAAUCGAAGGGAGGAAGAGUUUUCCAAGUGGACAUUCGUCAUGUCAGUGAACCUUUCUCAUUUGUCUCAUUCCAUUUUCUGUCCUAUUGAUCUAGCUUUUGUGUUCAUAGUUUUGCCAAUAAGAAUGGGAAACCGGUUGAAAUAGGAACCAUUCUUUUAUUAGAACAAAAUCGUUCCCUUUUUUAAAGUAUUUAUUUAUAUUUGUAUUAUUUGCUAUAUACCUGGCAUAAGAUGCACUUUGUGUGGACUCAAGAUGUUAUGUACUGAAGCAAAGUACGGAAAUCAAGAUUUAAUUCUUAUUGUUCCAGAUGAAAGUAUAAUGGCACAGCACUCUUCAAAAAAGGGGAAAAAAAGAACACAAUAAUAUAGGAUGGAGGGAACACAUUUCCAGCUCCUUACAAAACAGUAAUUUGCUACAGAUCAAUAAAAACAUGGAUAACACAAAGACUCCAAAACUUCCCACAACUAUAUACCAAAGGGUUUCCCAAAGCAGUAUUCCGCUCCAUUUUGCUUUCUGAAGGGAGAUGCACUUACAUGAAGCUCUCCUGUUAUCAUUCUAUUUUCAGCUUCUGGUAUAUAAAGCCUCCUAGAUCUGUGUUCUGUUUGUACCCUUCCUCAUGUGUGAGAGUGCAAAACUAUGGUAUAGGUCCCAUGGGUCCUUUGCACAAAGACAUGCCAUUUUUAUCUCUUCCCUUGGGAGAAGAUUUUUUUAAUCAGUUGUUGCAUGUGACAGCUGAUAAGAAAUUGCAAGAUAUACCAAGUGCACAGUAUUGAAACAAUUUUGCCAAAAAUCAGUGCGUGCUUAAGAUGAAAUAUUUCCUUACUUAUUUAAUUUCCUUUGUGAAAUUUCCAGAAAUUCAAAAGAAAAAAGGCACCGUUGCAAUGUUGUUAAAACUGUGCCUAUUUAGUUUAAUGUACUACAGGAUAAACCUGGUGGAAACCAAAUAUUAGCUUAAAAGACCACUAUAGUAUGUUUUCCUGGCACUAUAGUGCCCUGAGGGUGCCCCCACCCUCAGGGCCCCCCUCCCGUGGCACUGAAGGGGGAGGAAUGGGUUAAUCCCUUACCUUUUCUCCAGCGCCAGGCUCCCUCGGCACUGGGACUCUUCUUCCGUCAUCCGCUGAAUGCGCAUUAUCAAUGCAUUAUCAAUGCUUUCCUAUGGACACUGGCGUCUUCUCACUGUGAAAAUCACAGUGAGAAGCGCCACUAGCACCUGUCAAUGAGACAGCUACUAGAGGCUGGAUUAACCCAUAGGUAAACAUAGCAGUUUCUAUGAAACUGCUAUGUUUACUGCAAAAAGGGUUAAACCUAGCUGGACCUGGCACCCAGACCACUUCAUUAAGCUGAAGUGGUCUGGGUGCCUAUAGUGGUCCUUUAACUAGAAUAGGUAAAACAUUAAAAAAAAAAAAAAAGCCCACAGGAUACUUCUAACUGGCCACCUGGGAGUAUUUAGUACCUACCAUGCCAUAGCUUAGUUUGACAGGAAUAUUUGAAUCUCAAUUUUUUUUUUUCUUAAUUGUACAUAUGUUCUGUUAGUGACACCUAGUGGUUCUUUAGUAUAUCACAUUUUGAUAUUUUUAAAGUAGUAUUCUUUAACACAGUGGUUCACAAACUUUUUAGGUUCAAGAUGCCCUUAAUAUUUCAGUAUUUUUCCAAGGCACCCCAAGUCAAAAUUUCUAGGUUGUAUGUCUGUACAACGCUGUGGCAUUUACUGGCGCUAUAGUGCAAUGUACAGUGUUUGUGUUUGAAGGGAUGCUUGUAUACAUUUGUGUUUUAAUACAGGAGUGUUUGUAUGUAAUGUUUGUGUCUGAAUGUAAUGUUUACUUUUAAAUGUGGAUGUACAUUUGUGUGUAGUAUUUGUGUUUGAGUGAAGGGGAGUGUUUUUUUUUGUUUGUUUUUUUGUUUUUUUUUGUUUUUUUUUUUUUUAUAUAUAUAUAUAUAUAUAUAUAUAUAUAUAUAUAUAUAUAUAUUUAUUUAUUUAUUUAUUUUUUUAUGCAGUUGUUUGUGUGUCUGUAUGUAAUAUUUGAGUUAGAUUGCAGGAGUAUGCUUGUGUGUUGUGCUGGUGUUUAACUGAUUGGAUGUAUGCACAUACACUACUACCACAUACAUACAUACUUACACAAAUGCAUAUAAAUACACAGACACACACAAAUUCAUAUAGACACCGAUACAUACACACAUAGGUUGCCUCCUCUCCCUCCCGCGUCCCUCUCUGCAUGACACUGUCAGGGGCCCAGUCAAGGUCUUAAAGGACCGCGGCACUUGACCCCGUCCAUGUUGAGAAGUAAUGUUUUCCUGGUGCUAUAAUCAUAGCAUUGGGGAAACAUUCCGCGGCACCCCUGUGUGCACGCAGGGCACAGUUUGGGAGGCGCUGCUUUAACAGCUUUAAAUAAAAGCUGUCGGUUGCGCCAUAAAACAUUGUGAUUCUACAUUAGACCUAUUUCUCACUCAAUGGGAAGCUAGUAAUAGCCUGAGAGCGACAGCCAAUCACUAGUACAAAGCUUCCACAUCGAAGCCAAGUAUUAAACCAGAAGAGAAGGGGUCAGUCGAAGGUGGCCAUCUAAACAACUUUUAUUGUUAAUUUGUUUGUAAAUGGUUAAACUCCUUAAGGACAUUACCAAGGUCCUCCAUAUAUAAUAACUUCAUUGACAAAGUUUUGGUUCACAGAGUGUUCUUUCGAAUUUCUUGGGUUGUGGAUGGCAACCUCCUAUGGGUAUUUUUGAAAAUGUGAAUUGACAUGCUUUCAAGGUAAAUUUCACAUUUUAGCCCAAAAUAAAAGAAUUGUAAAAAAAAAAAUUCCAAGACAGCUUUGUUUGUUUAACCCCUUAAGGACAUAUGACAUGUCAUGAUUCCCUUUUAUUCCAGAAGUUUGGUCCUUAAGGGGUUAAAGUUCUGGGGGUUGUUUGUGGUUUUUUUUUUUUUUGCUUAAAAUUCACUUUCAAUGUACAACAUUUUAAAUUUUAACACAGAUUGUGUACAAACUGCCUCAAAAUUAGAGUAGUUCGUAUACAGUGCUUAAAGAAAAGCACUCCUUAGAAAUAUUUUUUGAUUCAUGUGUUGUGUUUUUUCCCUUCUAGUUGCGUUUGCGGGACUGGGAUUCACGUCUCUGUACAUUGCUGGAAAGCUUCAUUGUUUCUCUCCUGGUGGCCGUGGACACUCAUGGAGACUAUGCACUGUCCUGGCACCAUUGCUGUGUGCUAUAGCCAUUGCAUUGUCCCGUACCUGUGACUACAAACAUCACUGGCAAGGUGAGACAAUCAAUUUAUAAUGAAAUCUAUUUGAAAUUUGACCUGAUUUACCUCCUCCUAUCUUUUCUAAGUCCACUCAACAUAAAAAACAGAAUAAAAAGCUACUUUUUGUGAAGUAAUGUGUUUUGUUGCUAAUAUUCUUCUAGAUUAUUUGCCAACUGAUGCCAACUACUCUCUUUCAGAUGUGGUGAUUGGUGCAAUUAUUGGACUUUUAUUUGCCUGCCUUUGCUACAGACAGUAUUAUCCUCCUCUGACUGAUAGAGACUGUCACAAGCCAUACAGACACAAAGGGCGGAUUUCGGGGGCACAGGAGAGGAAACUGAGCACUGCUGGAUAUGCCCUAGAUGUAUGACAAUCUGGGUGAAAAGGGGUGAAAUUAGUCUGAAUGGACAAUAAAUAACUCUUAAGGACCACAACCAUUUCUUUUCUGCCGUAGUAUACAGCUGGCCUCUUGCAUUGAAGGGGUAAAGCCACUUUCUUAGAAGGACAUAUGUAUAUAACCAUAUAAUUUUAAAUGAAUGUACUGUUACACAUUUGUCACUUUUUUUUUUCUUUUUUUAUAAAAUUGAAGGAUAUUACUUAUUAAGGAACAUAUUCAGUGUUCAUUGCAGUUUGGAUUACUUUUAGUCUGAGAAAUUUUUGUAUUCUGUCCUUUACAAUAAAUGUACAUAAAUAUAGACUCGGCUAGUGCUGGGUUUGUUUACACCACAACUGUAUUUCAACCUAAAGCAGAGAAAAAAUAAAACUGUGAAUGUUCCAUUUUGCAGCUCCCACUGUUAUUAGUUAUUUCUCAAUUUACCUUUGCAAAACAUCGUCUGACUUUCAUAUUUCCUCCUGAAGCCUAAUAUUUUUU